AUGUCCUCCAUCGAUUCAGUGGUCGUCAUCGACGGCAAGGGACACCUCCUUGGUCGCCUGGCCAGCACUGUCGCUAAGCAGCUGCUGAACGGCCAGAAGAUCGUCGUCGUGAGAUGCGAGGCCCUUAACAUCUCCGGCGAGUUCUUCCGUGCGAAGCUGAAGUACCACGCCUACCUCCGCAAGAUGACUCGUUUCAACCCCACUCGCGGUGGUCCCUUCCACUUCCGCGCUCCCUCUCGCAUCUUCUACAAGGCCGUCCGUGGCAUGAUUCCCCACAAGACUGCCCGCGGUGCCGCCGCUCUGGAGCGCCUGAAGGCUCUGCGUGUCCUGCGUCUGCGCCCCGGCCGCAAGUACUGCACCGUCGGCCGUCUCAGCCACGAGGUUGGCUGGAAGUACCAGGACGUUGUCGCUCGUCUUGAGGAGCGUCGGAAGGUUAAGAGCAAGGCUUACUACGAGCGCAAGAAGGCCGCUCGCCGUACCCUCGCCAAGGCGGAGCAGGGUGCGAACGUUGACAGCAAGACCAAGAGCCAGCUUGCUCAGUAUGGCUACUAG